GUCGGAGCUCGGCUAUUAUAAAAGUACACGUAUCUUCGCUUUAAAUUUAAAUAUGCCCAUGAUUCAAGACUACUAAUUUGCCAUAAUUCACAAUGGAAAUCCCCGAGACAGACAGUGAAGAUGAAAUGGCGCCCGGCUGGGAGGAGAGAUGCACAGCUGAUGGCCUCGUUUUCUAUGCUCAUCAUACCACAAAGACUACGCAGUGGCAUCACCCGAGAACCAACAAAAAAAAGAGAGUCACUGGAGAACUGCCCUUUGGAUGGGAGCGACAGAUCACCGAGGAAGGAAAAGUAUUCUUCGUUGAUCACAUAAACCAUAAAACUACAUACACAGAUCCAAGACUUGCCUUUGCUGUGGAAGAAUCAAAGACUCUUACUGACUUGCGUCAGAGGUUCGACAGCAGUACUACUGGUAUACAGGUCUUACAUGGUCGUGAUCUGACUGGCCACGUUGCCAUUGUUACUGGUGCUAACUGUGGAAUUGGUUAUGAGACUGCCCGAUCUUUGGCUUACCAUGGAUGUACUGUGGUGUUUGCAUGUCGUGACCUGGCAAAGGCAGAGGCGGCUAUCGCUUGCUUACAGAAGCAGAGACCCAGCUCCUCAUGUCAUGCACUUGAGGUGGAUCUUGCAUCACUUAUGAGUGUCAGAAUGUUUGCAUACACAUUUUCUAUCAGAUUUGACCGGUGUGAUAUAUUAUUGCUCAAUGCUGGAGUUUUUGGGCUUCCACACUCUUUAACAGAAGAUGGACAUGAAACUACAUUCCAGGUCAACCAUCUGUCACAAUUCUACUUGGCUUUAUUAUUGCAGCCUUUGCUUGUGCGAUCUGCUCCUUCUAGAGUCAUUUUUGUAUCCAGUGAAUCUCACAGAUUUUCUACAAUGAAUACUGAAAACUUUUCGGAGGAACUUCUGUCACCAUCACAUAAGUCAACAUAUACUGCCAUUGUUGCAUACUGUAACUCAAAACUAUGUAAUGUCCUCACAGCACUAGAAAUGCAAAAAAGAUUUGGUGAACAAGGCAUCAACUGUUAUGCUGUGCAUCCAGGUAAUGCUGUAUCAACAUAUCUGUCCAGACACUGGUGGGCCUAUCGUUUAUUAUAUGCUUUGGUUCGGCCAUUUACCAAAUCUCUGCAACAAGCUUGUGCAACGAGUGUGUACUGUGCAGCAAGUGUGGAUAUCUCAAAGUAUGGAGGUAUCUAUGUUAACAACUGUGUGCCAUGUCUUCCCUCACAGACAGCACUCAACAGUAUACUUUCAAACCGUUUGUGGAUUACCUCACUGUCAAUGAUAGAGCGUGUACUAGGUAGAAGAGCAUUCAAUAUGCAAUUCCCCCUAGGUCAAAGCAGUGAAUAGAGCUCUAAUAUUAAAGCAGCACAUCAAUCAAGCAGAAGACUUCCUUCAUCCAGUGACAGCUGCACAACUGUAAUCUUUGUUGCACACACAAUCUCUACAGUGCAGCCACUAAGAUGACCAAACCACACACCAAGAAGCUGAAGAAAUGACAUCGUUUCGGUCCUUCCUGGACCAUUAUCAAGUUGUGUGAGGAAGGAACGGGCCAAUAAAUGAGAAAAAGAGUGAGGUGAGGAGCAAGUAAAAGUAAGGUGAAAGGUAAGAAUAGGAUGAAUGGUACAGACUUAAGGAACAGAAAGAGGAGAAAAGUAUAUGGCCAGUUUCUCCAAAGUAUUUGGGAGGACAAAAUGCGUCGUAGAGUAGACACCAGUAGCAUUACAAGCAGGAGCAGUGUGAAUCAGGGGGCCAGAUUCGCGAAGCAGUUACGAACCUGUACAUCUUUUCUCAAUCUUUGGCAGCUUUGUUUUCCAUUAUUAAACAGUUAAUGAGCUCCAAAGCACCAGGAGACUGUUUUAAACAAUAACAACAGUUGAUUGGGAAGUUUCAUGCUUGUAAAUUGUUUAAUAAAUGUAACCAAAGCUGUCAAAGAUUGAGGAAAGAUGUACAAGUUUGUAAGUACUUGCAUAACUGCUUCAUGAAUCUGCCCCCAGUUUACUAUGAAGAGUGUUAAGUUUGUCGAAAGGUGAGCAUUACAUCAAGAGGAUGAAGAGCAUUAGUAAUAUUUUUGCUCAGAUAUGACGGGAAGGCAGAACUAGCGUUGGAAACAGGUUUGGGAUGAAAGAAAUUUAAAAGUUGGACGAGAAUCAAAUUCCCUCCUUUCUUUUCUGGACGUUCACAGCUGUGUCUGGGUUUUUUCUCUAUCUACCACAAACCCAUGCAUAGUGGUAUGUAGUCACUUUUUUCCUACCAUGUCCUGUUAUGAAAAGUGCUCUCAUUUCUUCCUCUGCUCAACAGUGACCCUGUUUCUCGAUUCUGAAACUUCCUUUAUUUACAAAUUUCUCAUCUUGGAUAUCCCUUAUAUUUUCUCAACUGUGCCUAUUCUCAAGCUAAACUAAAUUUCUUUCAUCCCAAACCCGUUUCUAACACUAGUACCACUAUGCUCUGCCUUCCCUUCAUAUCUAAACAAAAAUCUCACUAAUACCCUUUGUCCACUUGAUGUAAAGCUCACCUUUCGACAAACUAACACUUAACUGGUAAGCAGUAAACUGGUUCACACUGCUGCUGGUGUCUACUCCAUUUCUUGAUUAUCUUGUCCUCUCCAAUACUUUGGGGAAACUGGCCACACUAAAUGCAUACUUGAGGAACACAAAUGAAGUGCUAAGACUGCAGACACAAUGCUCUCUUCUCAUGUUAGGGACAAUCAUCCUACUGAUUGGUCAUCUAAAAUAAUCUUUCCUUUCCUCUAAUCUUCAGAUACCAUCUUGCUGAAUUGGUUCCGACACACAAGAACCUUAGUCCUGGCUUUGUUGCUGUCUACUCUUCCCUUUCACAAUACAGUACACUUAAAUGCUCUAACCUCUUUAAAUGUGACUUGGCUUAACCCUAGCCCCUUUUCUUUCUCUUAUUUUCUUCAUCCCGUUCAUGUUACCUUUUAGAAAUUAGUCUCUUACCUGCUCACCUCACUUUUUCUUAUUUAUUGGCCCGUUUUUUCCUCUUCCCUUCGUUAGCCUGUGCUACAUGGAAAUUUUGUUCAGAGUAGCCGAAUCUAAAAACAUCAUCAAACAUCUUCACGACCAAAGAUCACAUUGAUUCCUGCCUUAUAGGCUACUCAUUAAGCCACCUCACUGAUAGUUGGAGAGCCUUGUAGCAGUUGCACUAACCAGGUUUUGAUAAGUAUCUGCCAUAGCCUCACAAAUUACCUAAAAACUGCAUUUUUGUGACCCACAUUCAGACACUGGACAUUUUGUCAAUAUUAGUAACCUAUGAAAGGUUGCAUUUUUGUGCAAUAAACAUAGUUAGUG